AAGUUACUUUGUGCUUUUCCGGUUUGUUAGAUAAUUUUCAUCAGAUUUAUAUAGAUUAUUACCUAUUUUAAGUUUUUUAAUGUAAUCUUGAUAAGCAUAAGUACCUUCGUUUUGUUAAUACGUUGGAUUUUACACAAUCCUUUCGGAUACUUUGCAGACUUCAGUGUUUACUUUAAAUAAAAAUGGAUGAUGACGCUAGUUCAGAAUUACAGAAGUGUCUAUCAGAGAGUCCGAUGGAUACCGAUGAAGGCCCUCUUAUAAAUGAAAACUCCAAUGGAUUGUCGCAUCUUUUGACGGAAGGGGAAUUUAACAGUGUUGAUACCGGAGUUGUAGAUGAAUCGUCAACAUCAAAUCAGGGCUUUCUUAAUGCAGUUGAAUUGUCUGCUGGCAGUGUAGGAGAUUAUUUAGAAAAUAACACCAGUGAAUUUAACACAGACACAUUCGAUGUUGGAGAUAAUGCAGUAACAUUUCCAAGUGAAUCUUUAAAUAACAUGCUUUCUGAUGGGGAUUCACGUCUGAGCGAUGCGAUGUAUAAAAAUAUGACGUCCGAUAUGGAAGGUGAUUAUACAGAUAGCCAAAGAACCAAAAUGGGAUCUGAUUUUGAACAAGAUAUUGCUAGAGAUGAAUUAAAUGAUGUUCGUUUGUCAGUUCCAUCCGAACACCAUGAGAAUUUGAAAAUAGAGGACACCAGUUGUCCGAAUAUUGAUGCAAAAACGUGUGACCUAAGUAAUGAUGCAAGUCAAUCUACUGUAGACCAUAUUUUGAGAGAGAAAAUGGAGGGGGAAGGAGCAAAGAAAACAUUUGAAGAUGAAAAAUCUUCUCCAGAUAAAGAAACUGAAGUCAUUCAAGAAGAGAAACAAAUGGAUGUGUCAAAUAAAAAUAAACAGACCAUUGAAGCUGAAGAGAUAGUUGAAACUAAAGAGAUAGUUGAAACUAAAAACACAAUUGAAAUAAAAGAGACAGUGGAAACUAUAGAGGCAGUGGAAACUAAAGAAGUAUUUGAAACUAAAGAAGUUGUGGAAUCUAAACAGAUAGCUGAAACUACUGAGACAAAAGAAGCUAAGGAGACAAUUGAUAUAAAUCAAUGCAAUAAAACUGCCAUACAGAAAGAAGAAGAAAAUACAAAAUCCGAGGAGAAAGUUGGUGGUGCUGAAGAAACAGAAGUAGUGUCAGAGGAUGAGCUGCCAACGGUUCAGAAGCCAAGUGUAAAGGAUGCUGAAAAUGUAUCUGAUGAUGAACUACCAGGACCUAAACCUGCUGAGCUUCCAGCUGACACUGAGGUAGUAUCAGAAGAUGAAUUGCCUUCAUCUAAAAAGGAUUCCAAGGAGUCACGCAAAAGAAAACCAGACGAAGAAAGGGAUGGCUACGAUCCAGGUUCACCCACAUCUGAAAAUGAAUCAUCUAGUAAGAAGCAAGCUGUUGCGAAGAAUGGCGAAAGUAAACCAGUGCCUGUAGAAAAAAGGUUAUCAGUGGACGAGAAACCAAAAAAGAAAACUUUACCAGAGCUGGACAAAUAUUGGAAAGUUGUUAAUGAUGACCCCACUGAUUUCACAGGAUGGACUUAUUUGCUACAAUAUGUAGAUCAAGAGAGUGAUGUGGAAGCUGCGCGAGAAGCUUAUGAUGCCUUCUUGUCGCAUUAUCCAUAUUGUUACGGAUAUUGGAGGAAAUACGCCGAUUAUGAAAAACGUAAAGGAAGUAAAAAGAAGUGCCUUGAGGUUUUGGAAAGAGGACUCAAAGCUAUACCACUUUCUGUAGAUUUAUGGAUACAUUACCUGAAUCAUAUAAAAGCUACUAGAACUGAAGAUCUUGCUUUCAUUAGAUCACAGUAUGAGAGGGCUAUUGAGGCCUGCGGAUUGGAGUUCCGUUCUGAUCGAUUAUGGGAGUCUUACAUCAAGUGGGAAGCAGAGAAUGGUACUGCUCUUAAUGUGACAAACAUCUACGACAGAUUACUGGCCACCCCUACACUUGGGUAUACUUCACAUUUUGAUAACUUCCAAGAGCACGUGAUGUCGGAGCCGGUGGCGGGCGUGGUGACGCGCGCGGAGCUUGUGCGGCUGCGCGGCGAGGUGCGCGAGAGCAGCGGCGCGCAGCCGCAGCUGGACCUGCCGCCCGGCGAGGACGAGCCGCUCGACCACAUCGCUUCAGAGGAAGAAGCUCAGGCGAUCAAAGAGCGGAUAAUUGCAGCCAGAAGGAAAGUACACAAAACUACUGGUGAGGAAGUAGCUGCUCGUUGGACCUUUGAGGAAGGCAUAAAGCGACCAUAUUUCCACGUGAAACCCUUGGAAAGAUGCCAACUCAAGAACUGGAAAUCAUACCUCGAGUGGGAGAAACAGCAUGGUACAUUUAAACGGGCUCUUGUUUUGCACGAGAGAUGCCUUAUUGCCUGCGCUCUUUAUGAAGAGUUCUGGAUGAGGCUUGUAAAAUUCCUGGAGGAGCGUAUUGAAUCAGAACCGGAACUGAUAGCAGUUGAACGUGAGGUGUUAGAGCGUGCCUGCACAGUACACCAUCUGGAUAAACCAGAGCUUCAUUUACACUGGGCUCAUUUUGAAGAGGAACAUGGUAACCCGAGCAAGGCCGCAGAGAUUCUCGAUCGGAUAGAGAAGACCUGCCCCAAUCUUGUGCAGAUACAGUACAGACGGGUAAAUCUGGAGCGCAGACGUGGCGACUAUGACAAAUGCUGCCAAUUAUAUGAAAGCUACAUAGCGUCAGCAAAGAAUAAGCAGAUCGCUUCUGCUUUAGCAGUGAAAUACGUACGAUUCCUGUUUCACAUUAAGCGCGACGCGUCAGCAGCGAAGAAGGCCAUCGACGAUGCCAUCGCCAAAGACCCGCUCAAUGUUAGACUGCAUAUGCAAAGGCUUGACAUCGCUUUGCAUACACCCGGCACACCAUACGAAGUUUUAGAAGACCUGGCGAUGUCGUACGAGCGCACGGAGGGCGCGGAGGCGGAGGUGAGCGCGACGAUGGCGUGGCGGCGGCGCGAGCUGGCCGAGGAGCUGGGCCCGGCCGCCGCCGCGCGCGCCGCCACGCGACACGCGCGCGCGCUCGCCAAGCACCUGCGCAAGCGCGCGCGCAAGGACAAGCACGAGCCGCCGCCGCCGCCCGCCCCUUCGACUGACGCAACAAAGAAGAAAGAGAGUAGUGGUACAACAACGAUGACCGCCACUACCACAAGUGGCAGCAGCACAUAUUACCAGACGCCAGCUGCCACUGCACAGUCGUAUGACCAAUCCUACGCACAGACGUACCAGCCGCCUUGGGGAUACCAGCAGCCGCCGGGUCCCUACCAACACCAUCCACAUCCUUGGCCACAGUAUCCCAACUACUACUAACGACGAAUUAAUAGUUUGACUUAACGCGAUACUUCAACGAUUUUUCCAAUACUGUGAGAUCAUUUCUCGUAAGAGUACCGAAUUUAACUUGCUUUGUCUUUUAUUUUGACUUCAAAUAUGAAUAUGUAUAUGCAUAAGGUCAUUUUUAAUUAUAAAUUCUAAGCAUUUUAAAUAAAGGUAUGUUAU